AUGAAGUGCACUGCUCUUGCCGUCACCGCGCUAGUUGCAGUAGCAAGCGUCGCCUCAGCUACUGACUACCAGCCGGCGCUCCGAGCCCUUGCUGCAUUGGAACCAGCUACACCCAGCACUGACACGAUGGCAGCGGGUCCUACCGAGCGACAUUCGCAUCGUGUUGAGGCUGCUGCUGAUGUAGCUGCGGAAAACGAGUCUACUGCCGUCAUCGGUGCGGAAGGCAAGAAGUCCAAGGAGUGGUGGGGAGGCUUGGGAUGGGGACGUCCCUGGGGGUGGCUUUGGGGGAUGGGGUGGCUACGGUGGUGGAUGGGGAGGAUACGGUGGCGGAUGGGGAUGGUAGACCUCACACAUACUGGACAUUGCGCCGACUGA